AUGGCCGACGCUCCCGUUACCUUGCGGACGCGCAAGUUCCUCCGCAACCCGCUCCUGAGCCGGAAGCAGAUGGUCGUGGAUGUCCUCCACCCUAACCGUCCCAACGUCUCCAAGGCCGAGCUUCGCGAGAAGCUGGCCGAGCUCUACAAGACCAACGCGGACCAGGUCUCCGUCUUCGGCUUCCGCACCCAGUAUGGUGGUGGCAAGAGCACUGGUUUCGCCCUCAUCUACGACUCGCACGAGGCUCUGAAGAAGUUCGAGCCUUACUACCGUCUUGUCCGCAUGGGUGUUGCUCAGAAGAUUGAGAAGGCUAGCCGACAGCAGCGCAAGCAACGCAAGAACCGUGCGAAGAAGUUCCGGGGUACCGCCAAGACCAAGGGUCCGAAGAAGUCCAAGGAGUAA